CUCAGCUAGUGAUGCUUUCGGGAACUAGAUGGCGUCUCGAGCGUGGCCUAGAAUCAUUUUAGGGCGUAUUUGGAAAAGCAAAUAAAGGUUAGGGGACGAAAAUUGAUUUUUUUUCCUUCCUUUUCGAUGUGAUACGUAGUAGCCAUGAUGAGAACUUUAGGGUGCAAAUUGGGACAAAGUCAAACUUUAGGGUGCAGAAUCAAAAGUUUCCCGCCUUCUUCAUUCGAAGGUCGAUCGUCAACGUUGGACAGUAGUUGCACGGUCCCGCCGGCAUUCGACGAGACAUGCGGCAUGUCUUCGGACUACUUCUCCUCCUUGCUGAAGUUCUGCUGCGACUCCCGCAAUCUGGGCCAAGCCAAAAAGCUCCAUUGCCGCAUCAUCAAGACUCUCACAAGCCCAGAGACCAUCUUAUCCAACAACCUCGUCAACGCUUACAGCAAAUUAGGGAACUUGAGCUAUGCGCGUAAUGUGUUCGAUCAAAUUCCUCAACCGAACCUCUUUUCGUGGAACGCCAUCCUCUCGGCUUAUUCGAAGUCUGGGAAUCUUGCUCGAGUGCAAGAAACGUUUAAUCUUAUGUCAGUUCGUGAUGGGGUGUCUUGGAAUUGCCUCAUUUCAGCAUAUGCCGGGCGAGGAUUGGUGGCGGAUUCUGUCAAGGCUUACAAUUCAAUGAUGAGGGAAGGAACCAGGAAUUUGAGUCGGAUAACCUUUUCGACGAUGCUUGUAUUGUCCUCUAAUAGAGGGUGUAUUAAUUUGGGGAAGCAAGUGCACGGGCAUAUAUUAAAGUUUGGGUUUUCGGAGUAUGUCUUCGUGGGGAGUCCUCUGGUGGACAUGUACUCAAAGACAGGUUUAAUCCGAGAUGCGAAACAGGUUUUUGAUGAAAUGUCUGAGAGGAAUCUAGUCCUGCACAAUACUAUGAUUACAGGGCUUUUAAGGUGUGGCCUGGUUGAGGAGUCUAAGUUGUUGUUUCACAAUAUGAAGGAGAGAGACUCGAUCUCGUGGACUACAAUGAUCACUGGGUUUACCCAAAAUGGUUUGGACAGAGAAGCGAUUGCUUUCUUCAGAGAGAUGGGAUCAGAAGGUUUGGAAAUUGAUCAGUUCACUUACGGGAGUGUGUUGACUGCUUGCAGUAGUAUUUUGGCUCUGAAUGAGGGGAAACAAAUACAUGCCUUUGCGAUGAAAACUAGUUACAUAGGCAAUAUUUUCGUGGGUAGUGCUCUGGUUGACAUGUAUUGCAAGUGCAAGAAUGUGAUUUAUGCCGGGAGGGUUUUCAACAGAAUGGCCCGUAAGAAUGUCGUGUCAUGGACUGCAAUGCUUGUUGGCUAUGGUCAAAAUGGUUUUAGCGAGGAUGCUGUUCGGAUUUUCCGUGAUAUGCAGAGGAAUGGGAUUGAGCCUGAUGAUUUUACUUUAGGAAGUGUAAUUAGCUCAUGUGCGAAUCUAGCUAGCUUAGAAGAGGGGUCACAGUUUCAUUGUCUCGCGUUGGUUUCUGGGUAUGUUUCUUGCUUAACAGUUUCGAAUGCUCUCAUCACAUUAUAUGGUAAAUGUGGGAAUAUAGAAGAUUCGAGCAGGCUGUUCGAUGAGAUGAGUUGCAGGGAUGAAGUCUCUUGGACAGCACUAGUUUCAGGCUAUGCGCAGUUUGGUAAAGCCAAUGAGACGAUUGAUUUGUUUGAGAAAAUGUUAGCCUCGGGAUUCAAACCCGAUGGAGUGACUUUUAUAGGUGUACUUUCAGCCUGCAGCAGAGCUGGACUAGUGGAUAAGGGCAAGGAAUACUUUGAGUCGAUGAUGAAAGAACAUCAUAUUACCCCAGUUACUGAUCACUAUACUUGCAUGAUUGAUCUUCUGAGUCGAUCCGGAAGGUUAGAAGAAGCCAAGAAUUUCAUUAACAAUAUGCCUUUUCCUCCUGACGCUAUUGGUUGGUCCACGUUGCUGAGCUCUUGUAGGUUUCGGGGGAACCUUGAAAUUGGGAAAUGGGCUGCUGAUUCUCUCAUGGAGUUGGAGCCACAGAGCCCUGCAAGUUAUGUUUUGCUCACGAGCAUUUAUGCGGCUACAGGGAAAUGGGAUGAUGUGGCUCAACUGCGAAAGGGAAUGAGAGAGAGAGGAGUGAAGAAGGAACCUGGGUUCAGUUGGAUCAAAUAUAAGAACAAAGUGCAUAUUUUCUCAGCUGAUGAUCAGUCGAGUCCUUAUUUAGAUCAGAUUUAUACCGAGUUAGAGAGAUUAAAUUCGAGAAUUAUAUCGGAAGGUUAUGUGCCUGAUAUGAGUUCUAUUCUCCACGAUGUCGAGGACUCAGAAAAGAUAAAGAUGCUGAAUCACCACAGCGAAAAGCUUGCAAUUGCUUUUGGGUUGAUAUUUAUACCUUCCAACUUUCCGAUCAGGGUUGUUAAGAAUCUCAGGGUCUGUGGAGAUUGUCACAGCGCGACCAAAUACAUUUCGAAGGUGACUGGAAGAGAAAUCCUUGUGAGGGAUGCUAUAAGGUUCCAUCUCUUCAAAGAUGGAUCAUGUUCAUGCGGAGAUUUCUGGUAAAUUCUUUUACUAUUACCUUGGGCUGGUGGAGAAGAUGAGUCAACAGAGAUGGCACCCGGGUGUCAUAUAUCAGGAGGAACUAGCCAUCAAGAGCUCUUCCUUUGACCAUGUUAUCGGCUAUCCUACAGGUAAAGCGGAGGUAGCUCGGGAGAUAAUCUCCCAGGAACUCUAAGAAGUGAUUGCGGAGCUCGAGUUCUGUGGAAAGCCCACUGCUCGCUUUGCAUGUUGUACGAUUCAGGCCUUUGGUUUGCAUCUACUUUUGAUGUUCUGCACCAUCUUUGCGGAGUAGAGAAGUUGCCUGUAAGGUGCCGGAAAAUUUUCCUCUACGGAUUAGAUGGGGAUUCAGUUGAGGCACGGCAAUGCUAGAGAAGGCAGCUGCAUCACAGGUGUGAUGAACAUGAUUCUCGAAUAGUCUGUGACCUCCUCACAAGUCCGAUCAGUUGAUGCUUCAACUGGCCAUCCAAGUUCCGGUUCCUCGCUCGCAAUCUCAAAGUACCAGGGUGUAUAAGAAGAGAUGCCCGACACGCGUAUGUACAAACUCGCAUGCAGGACUAUUUAGAGCAUUGGAUGCCCUCUUUGUAGCUUUUACAGGGAUCUGGAUCGGAGGUAGUUUCUGUUAACAUUUUGAGAUCAGUAGAUUCGUCUUUUAAGGAACUUCAUGUUGCUUUUGACAUAGCGGAAAAUGUGGACCAUCAGAGAGCCCGGUAGCCGCUUUCCUAGUUAUUAACAAAAAUUGAGUUGACCCGUUUAAGCCCCGGAUCUACCGAGGAAUCAUCGGACAUCCUCGAUAGUACUCGUAACUGAACCGUCACAAUCAACGAGUUAAAUUUGACUCAUCCCCUAUGGUUUUAUAAUUCCUUC